CACGUCAUAAAACCGAUCACCGGCAUUUCAUAUUUGGUACUAUCUUAACAGUAACUCUCUCAGUCGUUGCGAUUGGCUCGGGCUGUACGUAAGCUGUGAUAUCAGAACCGUGUCAAAAGAUAAGUGUUUUUACAUUUUUUGUUUUUAAUAUUUUUUCACUGUGUGCUGACUGACAACUGGUGCCAAAAUGAACGAACCAUACAAUUUGGACUCGCUGAUGGCCAAACUAGGGGAUUUUGGCAGAUACCAAGGGUUCCAGUUUUUCCUGCACAUAUUAUCAGCAGUUACUGCUGGUUUGAAUAUGUUAUCACUGGCAACAGUAGCUGCAAUUCCUGACCACAGAUGUGUCAUUCCUGAAGUCGAUCUCAACCCAGACGGUUCAAUUAUUUUUAACGCAACAUUCGCCACAACAGAAUUUAUUCCACGGCUGGAAAGCGGCAAAAUCAACUCGUGCUUGGGUUGGAACGUAACCACAAACUCCACCUAUACAUGCCAAAAGUGGAUUUACGACGACACCUACUACCAAACGUCCAGAGCCAUCGACUGGGACUUUGUUUGCGACAGAAAAUGGAUGGGGUCCGUUGCUCAGUCGAUAUACAUGGUGGGUGUAUUAACAGGAGCCGUAGUGAUGGGAACUUUGGCGGAUAAAUACGGAAGGAAGCCGGUGUUUUGUAUAUCUGGAAUCCUGCAGUUGAUUCUCGGUUUACUCGACGCCUUUACGCCAGAGUAUUAUUCCUUUGUCAUAGUCAGGUACAUCUAUGGUAUUUUUGGAUCAGCCGGAGCUUACAUCCCUGGUUUCGUACUGACAAUGGAGUUGGUAGGUCCAAGUAAAAGAUCCAUGUGCGGUAUUGCUUUCCAAGCCGCCUUUGCUUUUGGUAUAAUGCUUGUAGCCGGUUGGGGUUCAUUCAUAAAAGACUACCAAAUGUUGCAAAUCAUAUAUGGUUUACACUCGCUUGUAUUCUUCGCGCAUAUUUGGUUGAUGGACGAAUCUCCAAGGUGGCUUUGGAGUAAUGGAAAGGUCAAGGAGGCUGUUAAUAUUGUGCAAAAAGCUUUGAAAAUAAAUGGACACAAAGGUGAGUUGGAUGUAGCUGAAUAUGUGUCCAAAGGAAACGCGGAAAGUAGAACGAGGGAAACCGAAAAGAAAGGCAUGUCAGAUCUGUUCAAAACUCCAAACUUAAGAAUCAAAACAAUAAAUGUUUGCCUAUGUUGGUUUGCCAAUUCUUUGGUGUACUACGGCCUAUCCUUCAGCACAAGCAGUAUGAAAGGCAAUCCUUACCUGAACAUGUUCCUAAUGGGGGCCGUAGAGUUACCUAGUUACGUUAUCACUGUGUAUUUAAUGGACCGUCUUGGAAGAAGAAUUUUGACUGCUUUCUGCAUGCUUGUCGGUGGUGUUUGUUGUAUAUCCGCUGCCAACAUGGCCACAGGCAGCACCGAAGCAAUUUCUGUGGUGAUGAUCGGUAAAUUUUUGAUCGCAGCCUCGUUUGCUAUCAUCUACAACUACUCGGCCGAAUUAUUCCCUACUGUAGUAAGAAACUCGGCUAUGGGUUUGGGUUCCAUGGCUGCUAGGUGCUCUGGAUCUCUAGCGCCUCUACUAUUGCUUUGCGAUUUUCUGGACCCGCGUCUACCUUCCGUUGUUUUCGCUAUCAUAGCAAUCGUCUCAGGAACAUGGGUGCUAUUUUUACCGGAAACCUUAAACAAGCCUAUGCCUUCGUCAAUCGAAGAUGGCGAAAACUUUGGUGUUGGCGAUACCUUCUUUACUUCACUUUCACGAAGAAAACGUAACGCCAGUUUGGAGACGCCGCCUGCUAAAGCGUUUGCCUCCGAACAAAUGGAGCCGCUCAGGUGAAAAAACAAAAUAACGAGCAUGCAGAUGUGAUAAAAAAAUCUAAAAGUACAAGCACGUUGUACAGAUAUACAGAUUAUGCAAAUUUUUUAAUUCUUUAUAAAUAGCACUUAAAAUUAUUUUUACUAAUGCAAAAUAGUUGGACAAAUACAAUGUUUAUAAUCACUGUUGUACAGGGAUAAUUGUAUAGGUAACAAUAAUAAAAGUAAACAGUUUUA